AUGGUGGUUGUUUCACAGACGAUGACCGGUGACUUCCGUGCGGAAGCUAAAGAGCUAGAUCAGUGGAUUGAACAGCUGUAUAAUUGUAAACAGCUUUCAGAAGCCCAAGUUAAGUCACUGUGCGAGAAGGCUAAGGAUAUAUUGACGAAAGAAUCGAAUGUUCAGAAUGUGAAAAGCCCUGUUACUGUAUGCGGUGAUGUUCAUGGCCAGUUCCACGAUCUCAUGGAGUUGUUUCGAAUUGGUGGAAAAGCUCCUAAUACAAACUACCUUUUUAUGGGUGAUUAUGUUGAUCGCGGACAUUAUUCUGUGGAAACAGUCACGCUUCUCGUCGCUCUAAAGAUAUUUUGUUUGCACGGCGGCCUAUCACCAUCGAUCGAUACAUUGGAUCACAUUCGCGCCUUAGAUCGCAUUCAAGAGGUUCCCCACGAGGGUCCUAUGUGCGAUCUGCUGUGGUCUGAUCCAGACGAUCGAGGUGGCUGGGGUAUAAGCCCACGUGGCGCUGGCUAUACAUUCGGUCAAGAUAUUUCUGAAACGUUCAACCAUAGCAAUAAUCUUACUCUGGUCAGUCGUGCUCAUCAGCUUGUUAUGGAAGGUUUCAACUGGUGCCAUGAUCGAAAUGUGGUAACAAUAUUUAGCGCACCCAACUAUUGCUACCGAUGCGGAAAUCAAGCUGCAUUGAUGGAAUUGGAUGACAAUCUGAAAUACAAUUUUCUGCAGUUCGACCCGGCUCCUCGACGUGGUGAACCUCACGUUUCUCGUCGCACACCGGACUACUUCCUGUGA